AACGAAACAAAAACAUUUUUUGCCGUCGGUACCCGUUCCGUUUUGCUCGUCAAGUGAAGUCGCGUCCUUCGGACGAUUGUGCAACGAAGUUCAUGUCAUGAAACUUUCGAAGUUUAUAAAACUUUCAAAAAUAAUUUAGAAAUGUUUUUAACAAUAAAACUCUUUUAAUAGUGGUAUAAGUGGAAUGUUAUUAUGUUUAUAAAGUUGAAUAACUCUGUAUUUAUACGUACAAAGUUGAGUGAACUUAUGAAGUUGUGAGUAAUUCCUACCUUGUUCAUAGUUGCAAGGCGAGCGAAUUCCACAGGUGUAUAACGAAUGUUGUGGCUACUAAAAUCCUAGCAACCGACUUACAAUGACGGAACUCUCUGCAUAGUUUCACUAAGGUGUGUUAAGGUGUCUAAAUAUUGAGAAAAUGUAAACAAAAGUGUGUUAAACACGAAACAAGAAGAUCUAACGUGUCAUGGAAGAAUUGGAGCGGUGGUCCAAGAUGCAUUGCAAACAGUUUUACGGAACUUUUAUCUUAUUAUUAUUCUACAUUGUACAUCCUACAUUAUCAAUAAACAGUACAGUACAAAUGCAACCACCACGGUUUAGCAUGCAACCUUCAUCAUCAAAUAGUAUAGUUCGAGAAGGUACAACAAAAAUAUUACAAUGCUCUGCAAUGGGCAUACCGCAACCAAUGUACAGAUGGUUGCGAAAUGGGGUACCACUCAGUGAUUAUUCAUCAGAGUUGUUUUAUAAGAUUCAUAACACCCAGCGGCAGGAUGCCGGAGCUUACCAGUGUAUAGCGAAAAAUGAUGUCGGAGCAAUAUUCAGCGAAAAGAACAACAUUGUCGUCGCGUAUAUGGGUGUUUUUGAACCUGUUGCUGAAACAAUAGUAACUGUUGAGUCUGGUAGAGCGGCACUAUUAGCAUUUCCUAAGAUAGAAUCAGAACCGCCGCCAUCGGUCAUAUGGCAGGAUGAGAUUGGUGCUCUGCGAUAUGACCAAAAAUAUGCUGUCACCAACAAACAUGAACUUGUAAUCCUGUGUACUUCACACGAAGAUGAGAAGGCGUACAGAGUACGUGCUAUAAAUACGCAGUUAGGAAAAGAAGAAAAUAGCCCAUAUAUACAACUUAAUGUUUUUGGCAAUGACAGCAAAGAAAUACCUCCAGAAAUUAUUAUAAAACCAGAAGACACAAAGAUUGUUAAAGGACAAGAAUACACGAGUCUGUAUUGUAUUGCCAACGCAAGACCAUUACACGAAUUAGAAACCUUGUGGUUUAAAGAUGGGAUUAUGAUUGAUUUAGCUGGGGUUACGUUCGACUUAAAUGAUCAGUGGAACAGAACACUCACUCUUAUAUCAGCUAAUUUAACGCACACAGGAAAAUAUACAUGCCAGGCUAGACUGAAAACUGGAGGGUAUGCUACUGUUACGGCUUCCGCUUAUGUCACAGUCUUAGAAAAGCCAGUGUUUUUGUCUAAUUUAAAAUCGGAAACUUUCGGUGAAUUCGGGAGUACGAUCGUGUUGGACUGUAACGUACAAGGUAUACCGUUGCCUAGCAUCACUUGGUACAAAGAUGCUAGAAAAAUUGCUAGUGUUGGGGCAGAUGCAGAAGAAGCUGAUAAUCCAGACAUAGACGACGGCGGUGGCAGAUAUCGAGUGGAAGUGGAUCGUUCUCUAGUCAUCAACGACCUUAAAAUGGAGGAUACUGGCAUAUACCAGUGCAUUGCCAGCAACGAAGCUGGCGAAUCUUCCAUUUACACGUGGCUCAAGAUUAAAAUGAAGGACAGUAGGCGGCUUCCACGAAGUCACAUGAAGUUAAUACGAAUGCGGACCUCCGAUAAAAAGGCAAAAACGUUCAGAUUUGACACCGGCACGUCCCCGCCCAUAAUGCAGACUCCGCCGAGCAACCUGACGGUGCUCGAUGGCAAGGACGCCACCAUCACGUGCCGCGCCGUCGGAGCACCCACUCCCAACGUCACCUGGUACUUUAAUGAUUCUUUGAUCAUAAACUUGUCGGCGCGACUGCAAGCACUCGAUGAAGGCGACUUGUUAAUUACAAGUACAACGAACGCCGACAGUGGAAAAUAUACCUGCGUCCGAUCCAACGAUGCUGGGAAUGUAUCCGGGGAAGCGUAUCUUACUGUAUUAGUUCGAACACAAAUCAUAGCUCCGCCUGUAGAUACACGAGUGUUAUUGGGUCACACGGCAACACUACAAUGCAAAGUAUCGAACGACCCGAAUGUGAAGUACAAUAUUGAUUGGUUCCACAACAAACAGCCAAUGACAGCUGGUUCCCGAGUGUGGGUAUCAGCGGAUGGAGCGCUACAAGUGCAGGCCGUGCGCGCCAGUGACGCGGGCGAGUACACGUGUGUAGUGACGUCGCCGGGCGGGAAUCACACGCGACAUGCUGUGUUGUCCGUCAUUGAACUUCCUUUCGCUCCUACAAAUGUAAGAGCUGUCAGACUCGAUGCCGCAUCACAGCGAGCCGUUAACGUAUCUUGGACUCCCGGCUUCGAUGGAAACUCUCCCAUACAAAAAUUCAUUGUACAACGACGUGUUGUUCCCGAAUUUGGUCCUACACCUGACCCCUUGCUGAACUGGGUAACGGAGCCGGUGAAUGUAUCUGCAAACCAACGUUGGGCUCUGCUCACCAGUUUAAAGGCCGCUACGUCAUAUCAGUUUAGAGUAUCUGCCGUUAACACCGUUGGAGAAGGACCUGCUUCUGAUCCAACUGAUGUCUUGACAUUGCCACAGGAAGCCCCAUCCGGUCCCCCCGUCGGCUUUAUGGGAUCAGCGCGGUCUUCAUCAGAGAUCAUAACGCAAUGGCAGCCACCGCUAGAGGAACACAGAAACGGUCACAUUUUGGGUUUCGUUAUACGAUACAGGCUUAGGGGUUACGACAACAGCCCGUGGACCUAUCAAAAUAUCACGAACGAAGCACAGAGAAACUAUCUCAUCCAGGACUUAAUAACUUGGAAAGAUUACAACGUGCAAAUAGCAGCCUACAACGAUAAAGGUGUUGGUGUGUUUUCCGAUAGUUACACGAUCAAAACUAAAGAAGGCGUGCCCGAAGCGCCUCCGGACAAUAUUCGCUGUGAGGCGGUUAACUCUACAGUCAUAAAGGUUUGGUGGACUCCUCCAAACCCUCAGAAAAUAAACGGUAUAAACCAGGGUUACAAAAUGCAAGCAUGGAUUUGGGACGAGAAUGAAGGGGCUAAUGUCGAGCAGAAACUUGUCAGUGUACCUCCCAAUCUCCUGGAUCCUUUGACUGAACAAUCAGCGAUCAUAACGGGACUUGAAAAGUUUACAAUGUAUAAUAUCACAGUUCUAUGCUUUACGGAACCCGGCGAUGGGCCACGCAGUGAAUACGUACAAGUUAGGACGAAUGAAGACAUUCCGGAUGAAGUAGGAAGUCUACUCUUUGAUGAUAUAUCGGAUCGUGCAGUAAGAGUAUCUUGGACGGCUCCUAAAAAAUCAAAUGGCAUCUUGGUAGGAUACAAGCUGUCUUAUCAGAUGAAAGAUAGCAAUGAGACGUUCAAAGAGGAGGUGUUGCCACCAAACGUCACUAGCAUCAGAGUGGAACACUUACAGGCUAGCACACACUACAGGUUCUGGUUAUGCGCUAUGACGGUGGUAGGCGAGGGCCCGCCGAGGGCCGCAGUGAUCCAGUCGGGCGUAGAACCAGUGCUACCUGACGCCCCUCGAAACCUCGCACUCUCCAACAUCGAGGCUUUUUCUGUAAUGCUGCAGUUCACACACGGAUUUGAUGGCAAUUCCUCUAUUUCACUUUGGACAGUACAGGCUCAAACCGCACGCAAUUCAUCGUGGGUGACUAUAUUCGAAGUGAACGCGCCGGACGCUCAGUCGAUACAUGUGACUGGUCUGGUCCCAUUCACUACGUACAGACUGCGACUAAUUGCCACCAACGUGGUGGGCUCGUCACCACCUUCAGAGCCGUGUAAAGAGUUCCAAACUAUCCAAGCACCACCACAACAUCCACCGAAGAACGUCACUGUACGCGCUGUUAGCGCCACCAACCUACGCGUCAGAUGGAUUCCUCUACAGCAAAGCGAAUGGUACGGUAAUCCAAAAGGAUACAACAUAACAUACACGAAGAGUGAUAGUAAUGACACAUUACACAGCAUCAUUGAGGACCACACGGCGAACUCACACAUACUGUCCAAUUUGGAAGAAUGGUCGGUGUAUGAAAUACGAAUGACUGCUAUAAACGAAGUAGGGACGUCUGUUGCUAGUCCCACUGCUACAGAGAGGACAAGGGAAGCAGUUCCGUCGCGAGGCCCCACCGAUGUAUCAGCUAACGCAACUUCAUCAACCACUGUGGUCGUCCUUUGGGGAGACAUACCGCCGUCGGAGCAAAACGGCUUGAUUGAAGGAUACAAAGUGUGCUAUGCGGCAGUAGUGCCGCCGCCUAGACCCGAGCAAAAGAAGGUGGAAUGCCAGGCCGUACCAUCAAACCAAACGCACACUAUAACGCUAACAGAACUGCGAAAAUACGUAGUUUAUCAAAUUCAAGUGUUGGGCUAUACCAGACUAGGAGAUGGAGCACUGAGCGACCCUCCGAUUACAGUCAGGACUUUUGAUGACACUCCCGGUCCACCCUCCAAUGUAUCAUUCCCUGAUGUGACAUUCACGACGGCACGCAUCAUCUGGGAUGUACCAGAGGAUCCCAAUGGAGAAAUAUUAGCGUAUAAAGUCACGUACCAUCUAAACAGCACCACGCAGCACGUGUUCUCUAGAGAAUUCCUGCCUUCGGAUCGAACAUUCAGAGCGACGGAGUUGGUGUCGGAGCGGUACUACCAGUUCGCGGUGCGCGCGCAGACGCGGCUGGGCUGGGGCGCCACGGCGCGCGCGCUGGUGCUGACGACGGCCAACCGCGCCGCGCCGCAGCCGCCCGCGCGCCCCAACGUGGCGCGCUCGCUGCUGCAGCCCCACCACAUCACCUUCUCCUGGACCCCCGGGGACGACGGAUACGCGCCGCUCAGAUACUACACUGUACAACAAAAAGAAGAUGGAGGCACUUGGCAAACAAUUCCCGAGCGUGUGGAUCCCUUCGUGACGUCAUAUACCGCUGAGGGUUUGAAACCAUUCACGGCAUAUCAGUUCAGAAUCCGGGCGACCAAUGAUAUUGGGCCGAGUCGGUACAGUAACGCGACUGAAACUGUACGGACAUUACCUGCUGCACCGAGUAAAGCAGUUGAGAAUUUGCACGUAGUGCCAAUAACUCCGAACAGCGUGCGCGUGCAGUGGUCCCCGCUGGGCGAGGCGCACUGGAGCGGCGACACGCGCACCGGCGGGUACCGCGUCCGGUACCAACCGCUCACCGACUUCCCCACCGCGCUGCAGCAGACCAUGAAGCAGGACGUGCCUGGCAUCAAGAGCGAGGAAGUAGUCCUGACGGAUUUGGCGGUGGACCGCAACUACGAGAUCAGCGUGUGCGCCGUGAACUCGCAGGGCGCGGGCCCCAGCGGCACGCCGGGCGUGGUGUGGGUGGGCGAGGCCGUGCCCACGGCGGCGCCGGCGCACACGCGCGCGCGCGCCCUGUCGCCCACCGAGGUGGCGCUGGCCUGGGCCCCGCCCGCGCCCGCGCACCACAACGGGGACCUGCUCGGGUACAAGAUCUUCUACCUAGUGACCGACUCUCCUGAAGAGCCGGAGCCAGGGCGACGUAUAGAGGAAGAAAUCGAAGUGGUGCCCGCUACAGCUACUUCACAUUCACUCGUCUUCCUUGACAAGUACACCCAAUAUAGAAUACAGGUGCUCGCGUUCAAUGCUGCUGGAGACGGUCCUCGUUCCACUGCAGUGAUGGUCCGCACCCUGCAAGGUCUUCCAUCGGCUCCGCGCAAUAUAACGUUCACAGACAUUACAAUGAACAGUCUCGUCGUGUCGUGGGAGCCACCGUAUCGCCGCAAUGGCAUCAUUCAAGCAUAUCUCGUCACUUAUGAAACUAUAGAACAGGAUGAACGUUUCAGCAAGCAAGUGAAGCAGAAAGUGACAGAGCGGCGGCUGGCGGUGGGCGGGCUGGAGGAGGAGGUGGAGUACCGGUUCAGCGUGCGCGGCGUCACGGACGGCGGCGGCGCCGGCGCCACGGCCGACGCGCGCGUGCGCACCGGGCCGCAGGCCGGCUCGCCCGCGCCGCGCGCGCUGCUGCUGCAGCCCGAGCCGGCCGCGCUGCGCCUGCGCUGGCUCAACGCGCCGCCGCCCGCCGCCUCCACCGCCUCGUCCGCGGCGUCCACCGCGCCGCCCACCGCGCCUGUGCUGGGCUACUACUUCGAGGCGCGCCGCAAAGAUGACACGAGAUGGGAAACUAUCACCAGAACCAGCAAUGGAAUGUUAGAAGAAUUCACUAUAUCAUACCAAAGUCUUCUACCAUCAACGGCAUACUCAUUCCGGGUGAUAGCUUACAAUAUGUAUGGAAUCAGCAACCCGACGUACAGUGAUAAGGUCAUCGUCACACCGUCGAAGUUAUACUUAGAGUAUGGAUAUUUACAAUAUCGGCCAUUCUAUAGACGCACUUGGUUCAUGGUUGCGUUAGCGGCUGCAUCAGUCAUCAUCAUAAUAAUGGUUAUUGCCAUUCUAUGUGUGAAAAGCAAGAGUUAUAAAUACAAAAAAGAAGCGCAAAAGACUCUGGAGGAGUCUCUAGCAGGAGAGAACUCGGAGCGCGGCACGCUGGCCAUGGAGCUGUACCGCGGGCGCCAGAACUCGUGCGGCAGUGUGGGCGCCGGCGCCACGCUGCGGCGCGGGGCCGCGCUGCCCAAGUCCCCGCCGCGGCCCGCGCCCGGCUCCGUGGCCUACCACAGCGACGAGGAGAGCCUGCGCGCCUACGACGAGAACCCUGACGACUCCUCGCUCACCGAGAAACCCUCGGAGAUGAGUUCGUCCGACUCCCAGAAUUCGGAAAGUGAAAACGAGAGUGUAAGAUCGGAGCCACAUUCUUUCGUAAACCACUACGCUAAUGUAAACGAUACGUUACGUCAAUCGUGGAAGAGGCAGAGACCGGUGAGGAACUACUCAAGCUACACGGACUCGGAGCCAGAAGGCAGCGCCGUGGUCAGCCUAAACGGCGGGCAGAUCGUCAUGAACAACAUGGCGCGCUCGCGAGCUCCGCUGCCAGGCUUCUCCUCGUUUGUAUGACAGGAGCCCGCCGGCACGGCACCCGCCGAAGCCGUGCAUAUGUAACAUUACACUGCCCAUUCCCAAUUAUUUAAAUUUAAUUUAAUGUUAGCUAUUGCAAUUAUUGUACAUAUCGAAUAUAAUCUGUAAGCUUUAACUAAAUUGGUAGAAAAUCUGAAAUAAAAUUAUGAUCUUUCAGAUUACGUAUUAAGAAGUUUUAAAUUAUAUAUUCAUAUAAAAGUAAAUUUAAAUUAGGUACACUUAAAGUUCAUACAGUUGCAGUUUUCAAUGAUAAACAUGUAAAAAAUAAUUUGAAUAUUACAUAAUAUUUAAUGCCAUACCACAAAUUAGAAAUUGAAUAAGAAGCACAUAAAACUAUUGUUAAGUAACAAGCUAUUUUCGACGAAUGGCAGCUAUCAGUAUAUAGUUAAAAAGUAAAAAAAAACUGAGAUCUCGUUUAUUUAAUCUGCAAUUUUAUAGUAACAAUAAUAUUGUAAGGACAGCAGCUACAUCUUAAGGCAUUCGACCAAAAUUGCUUUUUGAGGAAUAAUGAGGAUGAUGGUUUAAUAAAACUGAAUAGUGUUCGUUGUUACUAAAUUAAAUUAUAGUAGUAAGGUGUGAUACAUUUGUAGCCCUUGCUUGUAUACAAGUUUGUAGUCCAAAACCUACUCAAAGGUUCUGUUCGAAAACCUGCAGCAUCAAAAGUAACUUUGAUGUGAACGCUCAUGCUCUUUUUGUUAGAUUGUUGUUGAACUCAAUCAAAUUACUCUGGCUAUUGGCAAGAAUGAGGUGGAGAAUGUUCCAGUGGUGAUAGACUUUGCGUAUGUACUUAUUAUUAUGUUUAUAUCUUUUCCAGUUCUAGAUAGAAAAUAUCCAAAACAAUUUUAAUUCCUUAUUUUUUGUUAAAUUCCAUUAUAGUUGUUUGUAUGUAUAGUUGUGUUGGUGUUUUACCAACAUGAAUUACACUGUCUGAUAAUUUUUUUAUUACCUCUUAUAAUCGUACGUCGAUUGUUCUCCACAAAACUGAUCCAUUGUAAGUCAGCCUCAGGGAAGAAUUAUAAACUAUCUGAAUUUAUAUAAAAUAAAUAGUAAAUAAUCAUGUUUUAACAUUAUUAUUACUAGUGUAAUAAUACUAUGUGGCCGUUAAAAAGAAUGAAAUGUCGAUGUAUUUUUCUUUUAUUGAAAUGGAGCAUUUUGUCAUACUUAAUGUAUUUUAAUUAAAAACUAUUGUUUAAUCAGUAUUGAUUAGUGUCUAGUAUAUACUAACGUAACUCCAGUUUCAAUAGCGACUCGUCUAAUAGACCAAUAAGCACAGUAGUUAUUUAGCAUUUUAUAAUAUUUUUUAUAAUUAAUAUGCAAUUGACUGAUAGAUUUAGUGUCUAAUCCUUUACAUGUGUACAUAUAUUUUAAAGGUGACGAAAUUUUCCUGGUAUUUAUUCAAAAAUAUUUGGCACAAUUUCCUUAAAAUAACCUGUGAUUUAUGUAUGUAUUUUAAAUUAUAACUUAUGAAAUGUCUAUUACUUAAAAACAUAUAAACUGUUAUAAAACUAGUAUCAAAAAGAUAUUCUAAUUACUCUUAAGAAAAAGAUGAUUUUGAUAUUAUGUCUGAAUUUUUUGUUGAUACAUGGUAUUAAAUAAUUUAGAUGACGCAUUAUUUCAUAAUUUAGCGGCAUCACUUGGUUGUAUAUCACUGCAAAUCGAAAACUAUUAUCAUUACAUACAAUUAAAAAAAUAAUCCGAUUAAGGUGUGCCAUGAAUUCAAAGACUAAACCAACUUUGUCAAUAGUUGUAUCCUAGGACAUAUUUUUUUUAUUAUUAUUAAAUAGAAUUAAUUAAAUCCUUAA